AUGAAGGCGCAGGCAACCAUCGCGCUGGUCGCCGGCCUUUUGGCAAACGCCGUAACCGCUCAAACAUCUUUGGGCGAAUUGUCCUUCGGAGCACCUCAGUGCGGUAGCGGCAAACUAAACAACAUCAACGCCGCCGAUUGCAACACGGCAGUUGCUCAAUUGCUAGGCGCAAACUGUUCCGGAGGUGUCUGCAGCAUUCCCGCCGCAACGGGUGGUGCCCAAGAAUCGGCUGUCUCUGUAUUGGUUGGAAAAUGUGAGGCCUUCAUUGGUGCCUUUGCAGAUGGAAAGGCUGUCACUUUCAACGAAGAUUCAGUGCAACAGGCAUUUCCCGGUUUCAUUUCUCAAUGCCUUGCUACCUCUGGUGGUUUUGGCAGCCCGAUCUUGAUCAGCACCGACGGAGUCAUUCGCCUGGUUAUUUCCAACGGACAGAGCGGUGGUGGUUAA